UCAAUCCUGAUAUAGAAAACAGCAACUAGAGGAGUAGAGGAGGAGUCCAGCAGAAUUCCCGGGUUGUUGAGAGCUGGCUCUGCCAUGUAGUCACUUUGUGACUCUGGUCCUUAGUUUUAGCAUUAGUUAAGUGGGAAUAAUAACCUGUCUUGUCUGCGUCUCAGGACUGGAAGAUCACCUGAGCUAGUGAAUGUGAACAUCAUAGCCUGUUCCUUUACACUGGAGAAUUGUAAUGCUUUUCCUUCUUCUCAGAAGCUGAGCUCACACUUUCAGUACAAUCUGACAUUCUUGGAAAUGAAGCAUUAUGAUCAAAUGGGUGAAGUGAAAUGAUGAAGGGCAAAGUACCUGAGAUUUGGUAAACAAAUAAUAAAUAGGCCUUGAUUCUUUAGAUUUUUCCUCAAGCGUUAUGGCACUAAUGUGUAAGUGAGAAAACCAUGAGCAUGGAGUUGGACAGGCUUGACUCAAUUCCUCUUCUCUACUCCAAGCAAAUUAAUCUUUCUGACAUACUCCCUCAUCUUUAAAAUGAACAUGAAACAAAGAUGCUGAGCUAAUGUGAUGUGAGCAGGCCAAGGGGGCACAGUCAUAGCUGCUGCUGGUUUUGGUCUUGUUGCUAAUUUCAGUCAUGGUAACAGUUGUAGCUCAGCUCACUACCUGGGCGUGUUGUAAACUGCAUGUUUACAGGGAGUUUUGUUACACAUGGUACAUGAAGAACAUCAGUUGGCAAAGGAGUUUAUAACUUGGAAGUACGAUUUUCCUUAGAGUGAUUGGUGACACAGAUGUAUUCUCUGAUAUACAUUAAGGCUUCAUGAUCUAUUUUUCCCAUGAGAAUUGAGAGUCAAAGACUUCCAAAGCCUUCACUCUGAAGAAGACCCUAAAAUAAUCUGCUUUGGAGGACUGCCUGACAUGUUCAAAACCCUGGUUUGAUAAUAAGAGUAAUAAUUAUUAUUUGCUUUGGUGCAGCAUUUGAAAAUUUGACCCUUUAGAUUGCUUAUUGAAUAUCUUGAGUACCUCACCUUGUUAGGAAUUUAAUUGUCUCUCCAGGUAAAUUGUUUCAUAUUAGACAGGUAUCCGUUGAGCCAAAUAUGUUUUCUCAUAAUUUCUGUUAACCAUGUUCUAACUUUGGGCCGUACAGAAGAAAGUCCGCUUUCUGCUUAUUAGGUGGCAGUUCCAGGGACUGCCUGCUCUCUGCUGCCCUGCCACUUUUACAGUGCAGCCACUGUCACCUCACACCAAGGUAACAGUGCAGCUUGAGCGACUGUCCCCUAAACAUAUGAGUAUUCUAUUUCUCCUUAACAUAUGCAUUAGUUCCUUGUCUUGUUAUAGCAGAAUACUUGACAAAAGCAAGUUAGGAAGAAGGGUUUCUUUAGUUUGAGUUCAUACUCAUGGACAGUGGUGUCACGAGCUUCAGACAGCUAGCCAUCCAUAUCCACAAGCAGGAAGCAGAGGGAGAUGAGUGCCUCUACUCAGCUAAGUCUCAACAUCUUAUCUAUUCUGGAACCCAUUGAGUGGUGGUGUUUACAGUCCUUGUGUUUCUUUCCACUUCAGUUAACCCGCUCAUAAAUUUGUUUCUAGCUCCUAUUGUGUUGACUGUAUUAACCAUGUGGUAUAAAGAGUCCUUUAAUACCCACACUCUGUCUAUAUCUCUUUUUGAAACUUUUCUCUGAAACAGUUUGCUCUUGCUUUGACUCCUGCUUAUCUUAUCCUUUUAUACUUAGGAGCCCGAAUGCUAUUGCCUCUGGGAAGCCUUCCACAAACCUUCUGCGUGCUCCUACAGCACCCUCCACCUCUCCAAGUGCAGCUCUCACCACACCUUUCUGCCAUGGAUCACUUAGUUUCUGUCCUUCACUAGACUGAAGCUCACAGGAACGAGGGCAAUAUUUUGAUCAUGGUUGUAUCUGCAGUGCCCAGCACAAUACUGUAAAUAAGUCUUGGAAGAAUGGCAUCUAGUGCUUUUUGCAUGGGCCAAAGGGGCCUUGUGCUACUCCACUACAGAGGAAACUUCAAGAAAUGCUGGUUUGCUACAGUGUUUUAGCUUGUGAGAGUCUCUGGGACCUUCCCUGCUCCAUCAUGGGGUCACCUCUAGGUCAUUUUACCUGGGACAAAUACCUAAAAGAAACAAGUUCAGUCCCAGCGCCUGUCCAUUGCUUCAAGCAGUCCUACACACCUCCAAGCAAUGAGUUCAAGAUUAGCAUGAAAUUGGAAGCACAGGACCCCAGGAACACCACAUCCACCUGUAUUGCCACAGUAGUUGGACUGACAGGUGCCCGACUUCGUCUGCGCCUUGAUGGCAGUGACAACAAGAAUGACUUCUGGAGACUGGUUGACUCCUCCGAAAUCCAACCAAUUGGAAACUGUGAGAAGAAUGGCGGUAUGCUGCAGCCACCUCUAGGAUUUCGGCUGAAUGCCUCCUCUUGGCCCAUGUUCCUUUUGAAGACGCUAAAUGGAGCAGAGAUGGCUCCCAUCAAGAUUUUCCAUAAGGAGCCACCAUCACCUUCCCACAACUUCUUCAAAAUGGGAAUGAAGUUGGAAGCUGUGGACAGAAAGAACCCUCAUUUCAUCUGCCCAGCCACUAUUGGAGAGGUCCGAGGCUCAGAGGUGCUGGUCACCUUUGAUGGGUGGCGAGGCGCAUUUGACUACUGGUGCCGCUUUGACUCCCGGGACAUCUUUCCUGUGGGCUGGUGCUCUUUGACUGGAGAUAACCUGCAGCCGCCUGGCACCAAAGUUGUGAUUCCAAAGAAUCCUUCCCCAUCGUCUGAUGUGAGCACUGAGAAGCCCAGCAUCAACAGCACCAAAACUGUCUUGGAGCCUCAGCCAGGGCAGAGAGGGCGCAAACCAGGAAAGAAGCGGGGCCGGACGCCCAAGAUCCUUAUUCCCCAUCCCACCUCUACCCCAUCCAAGUCAGCUGAACCUUUGAAAUUUCCAAAGAAGAGAGGCCCCAAGCCUGGCAGUAAGAGGAAACCUCGGACUUUGCUGAGCCCACCACCCACCUCACCAACAACCAGCACUCCUGAACCAGACACCAGCACUGUUCCCCAAGAUGCUGCCACCAUCCCAAGUUCAGCCAUGCAGGCCCCCACAGUUUGUAUCUACUUGAACAAGAGCGGCAGCACGGGCCCCCACUUGGAUAAAAAGAAGAUCCAACAACUCCCUGACCAUUUUGGGCCAGCCCGUGCCUCUGUGGUGUUGCAGCAGGCUGUCCAGGCUUGCAUUGACUGUGCUUAUCACCAGAAAACUGUCUUCAGCUUCCUCAAACAGGGCCAUGGCGGUGAAGUCAUCUCAGCCGUGUUCGACCGGGAACAGCACACACUCAACCUCCCAGCAGUCAACAGCAUCACCUAUGUCCUCCGUUUCCUGGAGAAGCUCUGCCACAACCUUCGGAGUGACAAUCUGUUUGGCAACCAGCCCUUUACACAGACUCACGUGUCACUCACUGCCACAGAGUACAGCCACGGCCACGACAGGUACCUACCAGGUGAAACCUUUGUCCUGGGCAAUAGCCUGACGCGGUCCUUGGAGACACACUCAGACCUGAUGGACUCUGCCUUGAAGCCUGCCAACCUCGUCAGCACGUCCCAGACCCUCCGGACUCCUGGCUAUCGGCCCUUGCUUCCCUCCUGUGGCCUUCCAUUGAGCACUGUCUCUGCUGUGCGCAGGCUCUGCUCUCGGGGAGUGUUAAAAGGAACAAGGGAGAGAAGGGAUGUGGAAUCAUUUUGGAAACUAAAUCAUUCCCCAGGGUCAGAUCGACACCUGGAGAGCCGAGAUCCCCCUCGCCUGAGUGGCCGGGACCCCUCCUCAUGGACAGUGGAGGAUGUGAUGCAGUUUGUCCGGGAGGCUGAUCCUCAGCUUGGAUCCCAUGCCGACCUCUUCCGAAAACAUGAAAUCGAUGGCAAGGCCCUGCUCCUGCUGCGCAGUGACAUGAUGAUGAAGUACAUGGGCCUGAAGCUGGGGCCUGCCCUCAAGCUCUCCUUUCACAUUGACCGGCUGAAGCAGGGCAAGUUCUGAACAGGAGGCACUCUUCUCCCAGGAAGCCGCCAGCCAGCUCCCAGGCACCGUAGUAGGGCUCUGGGUGACCUCAGGACUCUAGGAGGCUGGAAAACCACCACUGCUACCCUUCCUGCCCUGAUGCGUCCUUCCAUGAAGGACUGAGGAGGGAACAGUGGGUAGGGCUGGUGCUGCUCUUCCCAUUAGCCUGCUGUGGCUCCCGGGCCCUUCUAUUUAUUUCUCAAGGCUAGCCAGCCUCUCACCACAAGUUUAGACUGAGCACCUUUCAAGAGAUGAGGAAGACGCCAACCCUAGGACCUUGAAAGGCCCUGGUCCCCAGGCCCCUUACCACCUCCUGGGCUUGGCAUAGUGUCCCAUGGCCCCCAGCUCAUGCCUUCUCACUGGAUCCCCAGACUCUGAACUUAUGGUGCAGACCUUUUUAAAGAAAUCUUUUCUUAUUGCUAAUUUAUUGCUUCUCGAAUUUGGACUUAAUGCUUCUCUUGCACCAAACAUUUUUUUGGAAGAGGGAGACCAUCCUCUGUGGUUCAGAGAGGGCCUCUCCAGAGAAGCGUGGCCCUAUUUCAGAAGACACUGCCCUAGGGCCCUUCUUCUCUGGAAUGGACAAAGUAUAUGGCUCACUGAGCAUAAGGUGAGGGUCCCUCUUCCUACACUGGGUCCUCUGUAGCCCCAGCCUUCAUCUCUGAUGGAGUUUUCCCCUCACCCUGCCCACAGCUCCCUGCCCUGGUCAGAAUUGCUGCAAAAGAUGGGGCCUAAUGCUGUUAGGUCACGGGGCCCCAAUGGUGGGAUGGAGGACCUCAAGGCUGCAGGGGUUUGUCCUCGCUCCUGUACUUCCUCCUAAGCAAGUCAGCAGCACUGCUGCCCCCACUGCCAUCUGAACUAUUUUGUCAGUUUGUUUAUAAAUAAAAACCAAUACAAAUGCCUA